UGAACCGUGGACUGUGAAUUCAAUAAUGUGAUGCUUUAAUGAGUCCGCUAUAACUGGACUAUUUUGUCUUUCGUUCUGCACUCUCUCUCACAACACUCGGCGGAGCAAUGGUGAUCACCAUUCAUGACCACCGGUUACCACACGACACCCACAAUCUCUACGACGUCAACUUCUUCGGUUACAUCAUCGAAACCCUAGUAACUCACGAUCCCACCAUGGUUUCACAGUGGCUGUCCGACAUUGAAUCUCUCAACCACCACAGCCACCAUCGCUUGGUCAUCGGCCUCGACUUAGAGUGGCGCCCCAACAAUCGGUUCUAUAAGAACCCUGUUGCCACCCUCCAGCUCUGCGUCGGCCGCCGUUGUCUCAUCUACCAACUCAUUCAUUCUAGUCAUAUUCCGUCCCCCCUCGUUGACUUCCUCUCCAACCAGAACUACACUUUUGUGGGCAUUGGAAUUGAGUCUGAUUUGAGGAAACUUGAAGAGGAUUAUGGAUUUGGGUACAAUGCGAAUGCCGUGGAUUUAAGGAAGCUCGCGGCGGACAAGUAUCAGAUGAAGGAGUUGAAGAAUGCGGGGCUGAAGAGUUUGGCCAGAUUUGUGCUUGAGAAAGAGGUGGAAAAGCCCAAAAACGUGACUUUGAGUAGGUGGGAUUACCCGUGGUUGACGCCUGUUCAAGUGCAAUAUGCUUGUGUUGAUGCUUUUGUUUCUUAUGAGAUUGGCAGGGUCUUGAAUGCUGCUGGAUAAAUUGAUCGGUAAGGGAUUGAGGUUUUUUGUUGAGCUUUAUCAAUAUUAUUGAUUGUUGAAUACUUUAAAGGUAGGGGGAAAAGUUCCAUAGUUACUGAAACUGGCUCUUCUUGACUAGUUGAAGACAUCCUUUUAAGAUUUAUUUUCUGAUGAUGUUAAUUGUCAAGACUAGUACUGGAAAAGAAACUGUAUGGUCGAAUCUUGAAUUUUGCGAAUG